GUGGGAGUGAAAGAGCAGCGGAAAGCAGGGUGGAGGGAGAAGGAGAGAACGAGGUGAGUGCAUGUGGGACCAGGAAGAGAGAGGAUAGACAGGCAGGAAAGAGGUGGAGAAAAGCGAACUGUGGGAGCAACUGCGCGCUGGAUAAUGGAGGUGCAGUCGGAGUGUGUGGAGCCUCCUGUGGCCCCUCAUUGUGACCCCCAGCCUACAGGGAAGAUCAACAAAGCUGCCUUCAAACUGUUUGGAAAGCGACGCACCGGCUCCGGAAUGGCCAGCUUCUUUUCCUUCAGGAACAAAGGGGCCAUGAACGGCAGAAACAACGGGAAUUCUGACAACGGGAAUUCUCUGAAUGGAAGCAGCUCUGCAGCAUCAGUGGAGUUUGUGAGGAGCAAAACACACGAUGGACUAACGAGUCCUAACAAUGAUGCUGCUGGACCAAGAGGGGAGGGGUCUGCUAGCCUGGAGGCAGGUCCAGUCAGGUCUCUCAGCAAAUCACUGAGUUUCUUUUCCUUUCUCCGACGUGGGAGUUUUCGGACAAGUGAAAAUGGAGGGGCAGGAAUUGGGAGGAGAGGGAGGAGCCUGAAAGGUUUUUUCAGCAGCAUGCGAUGGAGACGUAAAGAAAAAACAAACGAGGGAGAUGGGGAAGUGGCGGAAGGUAAGAAGGAAACAGAUGCAGAGGUUGUUGAAUCUGAAAACAUAAAGGACAUUACUCUGACCCUUGAACCACCUCCACACAAUCACCAAGAGGACUGUGAGAAUGCAGAUGCGGAACCUCACCUCCAAGCUGAGGACACCCCAACCACUAGCGUUACCAUGACUCCCACACACUGUGUUGCCAUGCCAGGACCAUCUGCUGAGACAGACUCCCUCUUGCCUUACACACCCACUGUCUCACCACUGCACCCUCCUAUACAAAAGGCCAAAGCUUCAAUUUCCAGCAUCACACCUCCCCUCACUACACCCCCUUUGGACCACUGCAGCAUAAGCGACCAGCCUUCAGAGCCUUCAGUGGACCGAUUGUGUUCUCUCCUCUUCACUGAUGUCACGUCUCUCAAGAGCUUUGAUUCAUUGACAGGGUGUGGUGACAUUAUUGCUGAUGCAGAUGAGGAAGGGCCAGCAGGAAAUGGUGGCAGUGGAACCAGCAGCAGCAGCAGUGGGGGUGGAGGAGGGAGUCUGGGUGCAAGUAUCGGAAGAACUGGUGGUAUAUCUGGUGCCACACCUCGUAGCUCCCCAUCUAAACCUCCAGUACCUUCCCAAAUUGCACAGUCCAUUUUCUCUGUUUCCCAAAGCUUAGUCCCUGUGUCCCUCCCAGCACGGACCAGAGUGCCUCCUCCACCACAGCAGCAGCCUGCCGGUAGUGGCGUGGUGGCCUACAUGGGAGGAGGGGAAGAGAUGGCAAGUCCAGAAGGCGUGGAUGAUGCCGACAUGCAGGGACUCUGGCACAUGUUGCCUUCAACAGGAGACAACUCCCCUGCUAUGCCCCGACUGAGUCAAGCUUCCUCCACUACCCUGACUUUUAGUCAUCCACCUCGCACCAACCCAGCCAGCAGCCAUAUACGAUCAACUACCAAGAGUGGAGACAAAAAGGCACCCCAGGUAAAGGCACUGGGGCUGAGUAAGAUUCCAGUUGUUGGUGUAGCCGGAAGUCGGGCAGCUAAACCCCAAAAUCCUCACGCACAUGGUCGUCAUCCUACAUCACCAAGUGAAAAAGAACUACUUAGUGAUGAAGGAUACUGGGACACACCGUCAGCGACGCCUACAGCAACACCUGAUGAAAGUGGCUUACAGCGAAACCAAAAGAUUGCCCUAUCCCGUGACAGUUGCUCUGGGGACCACCUCUACGACCUGUACAACGAUCCUGAGGAAGAGGAAGAGGAUCAAAGAGGAGAUGAAGACACAAAUAGUACUCCCUCUCCUUCCACUGAAUACAAAAUGAGUCCAACCUCUCCAAAAAGUCCACCUUCCUCCUCCUCUUCUUCCUCCUUCCGAUCAAUAAAAGGCAGCACCAGCCUUCCUCGAGAAUCUAAGAUCCCAAUAAGUACUAGACAAACUUCACCCCCCCACUCUGUGAGCCAAUCCGCCCUUUCGUCUGUUCUGGAGACGGAAUCCUCUCCGCCGAAGACCCAAGCAGCCCCAACAGCUCGUACCAAAAUCCCUGUAUCCAAGGUACCUGUUCGCCGUUCUGGGAACAAACCUGCCAGCUCAACCAGAGGAACUGCACACAAGAAGUAGUUUUUGUCAAACGCUUGAUUUCCUUUUACUAUUGGCCUCGAGUGUGCAUUGCUACAGUGCUGCUUGUGCAGAGCCAAAGGUUUUCUCAAGCCAAGAAUAAUGUUGAGCUGUACUGUUAACAUCGUAUAAAUUUCCCUUAAACCCUAAAACUUCUCAUUCUCAAACGUUACUUGAGUUAUAUUGGCCUGAACCAGAAUAGUCUUUUUGUCACGAGUGAAAGUCACAAGAAGACUCAAAUAAAAAAAAACAUUGGGCUAAAAUUUCUCUGACAUCAAUUGCACUUUGGAGGUUGACUUUUGACAAUCCAUGCAUCACAGAAAUCAUACAUUCUUCAUCUUGUUAGUUCCUGGAAAGACUUCUGACUGAUUUGGACAGUCACUUGACGCACCUUUUUAUCUUUGACAUUUUCUACGGAAUUCCA